CCAUACCCACUGUGCAAGCAGCUGGAGGAGGAAGGAAAUUUUGACUAAAGCUGAGAUGGAAACCCCCAAGCUCUUUGGCUCUUGGGAGCACAGGUGUCUCUUGUACAUCUGGACAGUACCUAGCCCAAUCUAGGUGCUCCAACCUGCAAUACUCUGACCUGACGAUGAACGACUGGGCCCCCAUAGCAAAGGAGUACGACCCCCUCAAAGCCGGCAGCAUUGAUGGCACGGAUGAAGAGCCCCACGACCGCGCCAUAUGGAGGGCUAUGCUGGCACGCUACGUACCCAACAAGGGAGUUACAGGAGAUCCUCACCUCACCCUGUUUGUAGCAAGGCUCAAUCUUCAGACAACAGAAGAGAAGAUAAAAGAGGUCUUUUCCCGGUAUGGAGACAUCAGAAAGAUCCGUCUGGUUCGAGACCUGGUCACGGGAUUUUCCAAGGGUUAUGCGUUUAUUGAGUACAAAGAGGAGCGUGCUCUCCUGAAGGCCCACAGAGACGCCAACAGGCUGGUUAUUGAUCAACAUGAGAUCUUUGUAGACUUUGAACUGGAAAGAACUCUCAAAGGAUGGAUUCCUCGGAGGCUUGGAGGUGGGUUUGGAGGCAAAAAAGAAUCCGGGCAGCUACGGUUUGGAGGACGGGACAGACCUUUCCGAAAACCCAUCAAUUUGCCAAACAUGAAAAAUGAUUUCUAUGGAGAAGGAUCGGCAGAGAAAAGAAACUGGUCUCGUGAGGGAACAAGGGACUGGAGAACAAGGGACCGAGACCAUGAAAGGAGCAGAGACAAGCGAUGGCCAGAAAGGGAGCGGUCGUGGACUUGGGGUGAAAGUGAGAGGGAGAGGGACUCCAAAGAGGAGAGGAGCAGAGGGAGGGAGAGGAAGGACAGAGACAGGAAGGACAGGGAUAGAGACCGGAGCAGGGAAAGAGAUACCAAGAAACAAAGAGAUGAUGACAAGCAUCGAUAGGCGACAGCGCCUUCUCCUUGGGGUAUGUUAUCUCCUCUUACAUCCACGCUGUUUCAGUUGGAGGUGUUGCCUUCAGCUUGGGGCUGUGAGCAGCAUUCCCAGAGCAAGCUGUGCCAUUACUGUCUUGUGCCUGCGACUCUUGCCUGCUAGAAGCUCUCUGUACAUUGGUUGCUAAUGCAGUUAAGAUCUGUGUUGAAUUGUUCUUCAGAGAAAAUAAACUUUUGUAU